CUAUGAGUAUGAGAUAUGAGUAUAACCCAGGUUAUGUCAAUGGCCUUGGAGUUUUCCAAAAAGUAGGUACUUGAAUACAAAAGUUUUAAAAAUUGAAAUAAUUUGUUUAAUAACACAGUUAGUUAGAGCAAAUUUCAAAUAAAAAAAUGAAACCAGAAUCAACUUUUUAGCUUAAGUACUUUUUGAGCUACAAAUUUUUAAAGUGUGAGUUCGUUUGGCAUUUUUUACUUUUACUAUGGCUAUGGACCAUGGACAAAACCUCCACAUCUUGUGACUUCAUUCCGCUGAUCGCAUCAUGCGCAAUGACUAUAUACUUUAUAUAAGGCAACGCAUCGCCUUAUCACUAAAAUACUGUUUAGGGUCGACUUAGUUUAAACUUUUGCACAUGAAAAAUUAAUUAAAGCUUUCCCUGACCAAUGGUAUAAUACUUUUUACACACGGCAAACUCUUAUGAAUGAAACUCUGAGGUAGUAAUACGAUACAGCCAUUAUGCAAGGGGCUGUGAAUGGUUGCCAAUGACAACGUGUUGCACACCUGCACACCGUAAAUUCUGAUCAUUUAUAAUAUGGACUCUACGAGGUUGUUAAAGCUCAAAUUAAAACAUUCCAGUUUAAAUGUCUUCAAAAUGCAUUCUGAAACACAAGUUAUCAAAUAUUUUGAUGUAAAUAGUGGUAAUAAAUUAAUAUUUCCUAAGUAUCAGCAACUUCCGCCAUUAAAAAGAGGGCGUGGCCCACCCCAUGGCGAAAUUAGGUUGAGUGAAAUGCAUGACCUGCUGCGAACGCAUAGAAACAUGGCGUCUCUCGUAAGACACAUCGCUGUGAAAAUUGGCAUACAUGUAGAUCAAUACAUUCCCCAGAUGCCAAAAAAUUUGGUAGUGACAAAUUUUUUACUUCGACUUAAUUUUAAUGAUGAAAGUUGCCUCAUAUUUACCAAGGAUUUUCUCAAAGCUGACUGGUUGUAAAUGAAAAAGAAAUUGAUUAAAAUGUAGGCCAAGAUGUCUAUCGAAAUAUAAGGCCGGAAACGGAACUCAAAUAUGCGUUGAAAGUACUCAUUUAAUAAUAUAUAGACACACACAUAGGAAAAUUAAAAACUCGAAUUUUUCGGCGCCGAUUGCCACUUCCGAUACACAAUAAGUAGUAGUCUCCCUUGAUUACCGAAGUAUCUACAAAAAAGCAAAGCGUUAAUAAAUCAAAUAAAUGAGAAUGAAUAUUGAAUGAGUCUAAUUCUAAUAGUUAUAAAAGGCCUAAUUAUAAUAAUACUUAUACACUAAAUCACUAAACUUUAGUCUAAACUAUUAUAAUAAAGCCUAAAUUUUAGGCCAUUUUUAGGCUGUGCCUAAUUUUAUAAUUUAAGUCAAUAAUAAUUAAUAGGCUAUAGGGCCUAUCCCUAAUUACUAAUAAUAUGUUUUAGUUUUAGGCUUGGACACUGGUGAAAAAAAAAGACGCCAGCCAAAAUUGCUGUAUUUUGAAUAGUUGAAAUCAAAAUACCUGUAUGUUGAAACUUAGGUAACAAAAGGAAGACUACUGGAUAAAUUGCAUUUGGAAUGAUCUUCUAGGGACUUUCAAUAACAUUUAAGUACUUUCUAAAACAUAACUUAUUUUGAUGUAAAUAGUGGUAAUAAUUAAAUAUUUCCUAAGUAUCGGCGUCUUCCGCCAUUAAAAGCGGACGUGGCCACUUCCUUGUCGAAAUAGAGCUGAGCAACAUUACCAUAAAGCAAUUUACUCAAAGAGCAUAGCACGUGGCCAACAUGUCAUAACUCAAUGAGAAUGGACACAAAUAUAUAUUGAUAGAUAAUACAGAGUAAGACUUAAUAAAAGACAUAAAAGUUGAACUUCUUUACGAAUUUUUUAGUGAAAGAUGCCUUAUAUUUAAAGGGGAAUUUUAAAAUACAGUUUGAUUGAAAAAUCCAAUCAAAACAAUGAAAAUGUAGGUCAAUAUGUCUACUAAAGUGAAAGGCCGGAAAUGGAACUCAAAUAUAUGUAAAAAAUACUAAUUUAUUAAUAAAUAGACACACACAUCAGAAAAUUAAAAACUCAAAUUUUUCGUCGCCAAUCCCCAUUUCCGAUACACAAAAAGUAGUAGUCUCCCUUGCUUUAUGAAGUAUCUAAUUUAGAUUGACUGAUUAGACUGUGUCCUGUAUAUCAGGCCUGCACAACAUACGGCCCACAAGCCGAUUGCGGCCCGCCCCGCCAGCGCCCACUUUGGGGCCCGCGAAGUAACGAAAUAUUCUUUAUUCUUUUUAUUUUAUUAUUUUCUUUAUAGCUUUCCCCCACCCCCCCUGUCCUAUUUUCUUUUAGCCCGCACAAGUUUUUCAUAAAGUAUUACAGCCCGCCUUACAUUUUGAGUUGUGCAAGUCUGCUGUAUAUGAUUAGAAUAUUAAUAUUAUAAAUACUUAAUUUGUGAAGUACUCAUUUUAGUCUUAGUUUUAGGAAAGCUUGCUUAGGCCCAUACUUAGUAGACCUACAUUCUAUUAACGAAUGUUAUAUAAAUGUAAGUUAUAUUUUAAAAAAUAGGUCUAUAAUACUAGGUAUUUCACAUAGCGGUGCGUGCCGAUCGAUUUUUCGGAUGCAGGAAACAGGCCAUAAACCUGUGACAGGUCAAUGCCGAUUGGUCACGGGGUCAUAUGGAGAUCUAGUUUGCUUUGUCUACGUAAAGGAGUGACAAUGAACUUAUUAUAGUCUGUUUUGUGCACACGAGGAGGACGAUCAUUACGACAUAAACUUCGGGAUUCUUUCACUCCUGUAUUUUGAGAAAGAAAUAAUUAUUUUUAAUUAUGCAAAACUUGUUUAUUUGUUGUUUGCUAUUUCUUCUUGCGGAGUUCAAUUGCGGUUGAUCGGUCGGGGAUCAAGAUGUAAACCGAUGUAAAGUGGCUAAUUGGGCCGCCUUUUGUGCUCAAGAUAUCAGGGUUCGGCAACGUAAAAGAAUCGACAUAACCGAGGAGUACUAGUAUUUAUUUACCUGAUCAUCCCCUGAUGAUUGUGACUGUAGUGAGCCAUUGAUGGCGGGAAUGCACUGAUGGAACUAGUUGACUUUAUAGAAUAAAUAUUAAUAAAUGUUUGAGUAUCAGUAUAGACUAUUUAAUUCUUUGGUGUAUGGCCAAAUUUUUUACUUCUUCCCAGUGUAAUAUUCAAAGAGUAAAAAAAGUAAGGUAAAAGCAAUCAAUACACUAACUAAAGUUUUUAAAAAAAGACUAUUAUACUAUACUGAUAUACUCAUAUUACUGUAGUGUUAGCGUAAACUAGUCACUGAUACUGAUAGGUGUGGUAAAUGUUACUUUGGCUUGCCACUCAUUUUUUUAGUUUACCCAAGUCUAGUCUAGCUGCUUGAUGACCUACUUCUCCAUUGUUUCCAAAAAUAAAAUUAAAAUUAGGCUAAGGCAAAGGUAAAUAGUUUUGUGGUUGAAAAAACUAAGGAAAUGGUAAUAUUUAUAUUAUUAUUUUUAUUUUUAUUUUUUCAAAAAGAAAAUUUGGGAACUAUAGGUUUAUACAAUUGAUUCAUUUGUGACAUUCAUUUUGUUUAUUCAUUAUUAUGCUCAUAAACGUUGUCAUGGGCAAAGGUGAAUAGUAUUGUGAAAAAAAAAAAUCCUAGGGAAUGGUAACAUUUCCAUAAUUAUUUUUGUUUAAAAUGUAAAUAAAAAAUUUAGGAACCCAAGCUUUAUUCAGUUCAUUCAUCAUUAAUUAUGCUGAUAAAUUUUGUCAUUGACAAUGAAAUAAAAUGUUAAAAUAUCCCACAAAAUUAGUCAAAUGUACGACGUAUGAACACAAAUGUACAGAAAGAGAGAAAGAGAGCAAUAAAACUUUUAGUAAUAUUUAAAAAUAUAAUUAUUUAUUUCAAUUUUGUAUAAUUAAGGGUCGUUUGCAAGUUAUGUCACACUCGGGGGGGGGGGGGGGGGGGAUAAUGUUUGUUAUUGCUGUUUCAAAUUAUAGAAAACUAACCAAGUAAAAUCUAUAAAAUUUAUUUCUAAUAAUGUUGGGUGGGUGGGGGUGGGGAGACUUGUGUCACAGAGGGGGUGGGGUGCUGAAAUUUGUGACGUCAUGAUUUUUUAAAUUUUUAAAUCUAAAAUUUUUGAAUUUUGAAAAAUCUUUAUUCAGUUAGUUUUAAGAAACAUUAAGUUGAAGUAAAAAAUGCCUCAGCUAUUAUAGGUACCAUGAACCUCAGUUGUGCACACCUUCUGCACAUCUUGAAAAAUGUCUCAAAAACUGUUUUUACAUUUUACAUUCCGUUUGUGGAUGUCUUCGUUGUUUCGUGUCACAGUUUAUCUAAUAAUACUACAUCUUAAUCCAUUGUGGGAAAAUGUUAAAGAAUAAAAUAAAAUCUUAGUUGAGUUAUGCAAAUUUUAUGUAUGCUUUGAUUUUUUUAGGUGUGACGUGACAGGGGUGCAGGCCUGUUUACCCAUAAACUUUUAAAAUCGUACAAUAUCAUCACAAAAUUAUUCAAUAUAACUAUUAAUUGAAAAGCUAAAAAUAUCAAAGUUGUGGGAGCAUCAUUAUCGAUGUUUCAUGAUGCUUAUGAUUGGAGAUAUGCCAAAGAUCACUGUCAACAGAUUUGUUUAUUUUUUUUCAUGAAGUCUGUGUGCUAUCUGUCUACAAGAAACUGAGGUGUUAGGCGUUGUGUGACUAUAAAUCUCAAAGUUGUGGGAGCAUCAUUAUCGAUGUUUCAUGAUGGUGUGGGCUGGAGAUGGGCCAAAAAACACUGAUGCAAACAGACUGAAUGCAGAGAAUCCUGGUUCAGUGAGAUUAGCCUCAGUCUAAUUGAUAUUCUCCUGUGACAUACGUAUCUGUAUGAGAAUUAUGUUGUGUUCACAAUGAAAAAGCUUGGUGUUCCUAAAGACACUGUCACCAGAUUUGUUUAGUUUUGUUCAUGAAGUCUGUGUUGCUGUCUGUCUACAAGAAACUGGCUUUAGGCUAGGUGUUGUGUGACUUUUUUCGAGUAUGUAAUUUAAGGAUAGCUCCUAAUAUUUCUAAUAAGAUGCACAUUUUAGUUUUUUAUAUUCUUAGUUUUAUCAAAGUGAAGAGGCUUAAAAGCAGUUCAAGUUUUUUUAAAAGUUAAAUUUCAAUACCCAUUUACUGUAUUGUUAUAUAUAAUUGUAAUUGCUACUUAAAACUUACUUUUUGAUUGGUUCUAGAGCUGCCUGAUUACAAAAGCCGUUGGAUCUGGAGGAUACAUUGAUUUUACCCAACAUAUGUCCACUGGGAAAAAGGUAACAAUGCAUUUGAUGAUAGAUAAUUAUCAUAAAUUCAUUAUGAAUAAAAGAGCUUAUUUGUGGAUGCAACUCUUAAAAAAAUCUUAUUAUCAUUUAGACCAGUACAAAAAAUGUACUCUUAGAAUUUUAACCCCCCCCUAAUAGGUAUUUCUAUCUCUUUUUUUUUGUUACUUGAAAACUCUUUCCUCGCAUUCUUUAUAGAAUAAUUUAAAACAACUAGAUGUAUUUGAUGUGUUAAAACUUGUUUUCUAUUAGUAAGAAUUAUCUAUCUUAAUGUCAGCCUUAAUAAGCCCAGUAUUUCAACUCUUGCAGGAUGACCUAUACAGACAGAUAACAUUGGAAGUCAAAGGUCAUGAUUUAGCAAUUCUUAAGAGCUAUGAGACAUUUACAUCAAUGGCAGCUCAAGAGUUUGGUGUAAAUAUUGCCAGAAUGUAAGAACAUAAAAAUGUUGUUGCUUUAUUAUUAUUAUUUUUUAAAGGUAUGCAUGAUAUUAAGUCAGAGGGAGGGGAAAUUUUUUAAAAACUUCAUUGACCAGACACCAUAUUUAAAGAAAACGCUUUCUAUAUAUACUUACGUGUUUAGAGUCUCCUUAAAAUAUACUUUGCAUAGUCCCAAUGGACCAGAUUGAAACAUGUGGCAGGCUGAAUCUGGCUCUUGCAUGUUUUUUUUAUUUUGAAGGAUCUUUAGUUAAAUAAAAAUAAUGCUAUUUCAGAGCAUGUAAUUUGUGGUUUUAAGAGGUUUCUAAUAGAUCAAACGAUUUUCACAUUAAAUGGCUAACUUAAUUAAUUAGCUUAAGGAAAUUUGUGUUAAUAUAGUAGAAAUCUGUGAGUUGCCUAUGCUGACACAACUAUCCUCAUUACCUUACAUAAGAAGAUAUUUUUAAUUUAAAUUUAAUAAAGCAAGGUUGACCAGAUCUGGCUUGGAUCUUCAUCAUUCAGAUCCAGUUACCAUUUGGUCAUGUGCUCUAUGGUCAUGGGGAAGAAUUUAUACAAUCCUUUUGCUUGCCUUGUUGAUUGGGGAAAAGUGUUUGUCAAAGAUUUCUACUUUUUUUUUUUAUCUUCCCCUAUUUUUUUUUCAUUUUCAUAAUACCACAUUGAUUUAGUUUUCGAUUUCUGCCUUUCACUGCAUAGGUUACUUAGAAGGGACCAUAGCCAUGUGUAGGUCUAAUUCUUUAGUUGUCUGUGCCCAUUUAUUUCUCUUGGCUGUCUUGAUAGCUAUUUUUGCUUUGGUAAUGGUCUGAUUUAGAUAUAUUUUGUUUUCAACUGUCGAUUAUUUUAUUAUGAUUUUCUGGCAGAUUCUCUGGUUUUUUUGUUGUUGCUUUUUUAUGGCUUUUCCUAUGUUUUUGUUACAGAAAGAUUUAUAUUUCCUGCUGCAACAUUUUAGGAUACUUGGGAGGCAGCUUCAAAUAUGGCUUUUGGGAUUUGUUCACAGACUUUUCUGUGGUGUUGUCACUAAGAUCUGUCUUAGAUAAGAAGUAUCCGAAAUCUUAAUGUGAGACAAAGUAAAAUAGGAAACAUUUCCUUUAAUCUUUCUGCCCACCUUUUUUUUUUUUUGGAUACCCUUCUCAGGCUACAAGUUGUUGAAGAUUUUUGCCAUGUAACUAUUUUUUGUUUCACAUAAAAUUUUACAGUAUCUUGUGUUUUUUUAAAUAGCUAUUUUACUUAAUAUGGCUUUUGGGAUUUUUUCACAGACUUUUCUGUGGUGUUUUCACUAAGAUCUGUCUUAGAUAAGAAGUAUCCGAAAUUUUAAUGUGAGACAAAGUAAAAUAGGAAACAUUUCCUUUAAUCUUUCUGCCCACCUUUUUUUUUUUUUGGAUAGCCUUCUCUGUCUACAAGUUGUUGAAGAUUUUUGCCAUGUAACUAUUUUUUGUUUCACAUAAAAUUUUACAGUAUCUUGUGUUUUUUUAAAUAGCUAUUUUACUAGCUUGAUCAAAGGUUACUCUCAAACUACUUAUGGAGUAGAUACAUAUUAAUUUGCAUAUUUAACAUGCCAUUUAAAUAUUUUUUCUUAAGAUAUGAGCCGCCUCGUGUGUUUACGAGAAUGAGUUUAAUGAAAUCAGUAUUUGUUCACAAGAAACAUUUUCACCAGUAUGAAAUGAGGACACUGUACAAAGUUUUUGAGGUAAGACAUUUUAAUGACUGGGUCAAAAAUGUAUGAACUAGAGAAAAAUGUUUAUCUGAGAUUGGAUCACCAACAUCAUACCUGGCUAUGGUAAGCAUCCCAGGAUGGUGCUCAGUAUUGACACACCAAUUGGGUGUAACCUGAUUCCUUCCUUCAUGUUAUAAGAGUGUUGGACUGUGAUAAAGUUUUCAAGAAGAUUAAUGGACACGAACAUUUUGUGAAAAUAAAGCAAUAUAGGUUCAGCUUUAAUAAUGAUCAUACAGAAUACAAAUGUAAACGUUUCAGCAAAUGCUUUCAUCAGUACAAAAAACAUAAAAAAUAUUCAUAUUAGAAUAAAUUAAAUUGACAUAAUAUAUAUACAUGUAGCCUACCUAAAAAUGAGUGAAAGGAAUAAGAGUGGGCACAAAUCACUGACAAAAACAAAGUUCAGAAGAAUGGGAAGGAAGAGGGUGGAAGUGAAAUUUAAAAACCAAACAGGAAAAAGACAUUGCAGCUAUGUAAAAUUGUGAAUUUGGUUUAUACCGUAUAUAGUCAACAUACCAGAUCUUGUAAUUAAUUUAUUUUCCAUAUAAUUUCUAUCUGGUUUAUUACUGCUACUUGCAUAUAAUAUACCAGUAACUGCAAUGUCUAAAAUUCCAUUAUGAUUAGACUAGCACUACUGAAAUGUUUGGAAACUGGAAAAAUGGCUUGUUUAUUUAUGUUAUACAAUUGUUCUCUAAAAUGGUCUCAAAGGUGAUGUUAUGAAAUAUGUGUAAAUAAAUGUUUACUGGUGCUCUGUUUUCUUUAAUUAUAUUCUGGAAGUUUUUAUAGAGGGCAUCAAUUUUUAUUAACAUGGAUUAAAAUACAAAGUAUCUACUGGUUACUAUCUAUACUUUUCUUAUUGUCAACAGCUUAAGCAUAUUACAGGUUCAACCGCAAGCACAUUUUUAGAAUAUAUACAAAGAAAUUUACCCGAGGGUAUGGCCAUGAAAGUAACAAAAGUAAGUUUCAAAUUGUAUUUGUUCAAUAUUGCCUUAACUUCUAAAAAAGAAACAUUACUUUUUUUUUAUUGUUCUUUUUAAUUUGGGAGAGGGAAUGUUGCUUCAUCUAUUUUAUUAUUAUUUAUUACAAUGAUUUCAUGUAUGCUAUACCAGACCUGUUUACUCUUACGAUUUUGGCGUACAAUGUACGAUUUUGAGGUGUGUACAUUAUAUAUACUGUAUGUUAAUUUUUUUACAAUUAAGAUAAUGUAUUGAACGAUUUUGUGAUGACAUUGUACGAUUUUAAGUGUUUGGGGGUAAACAGGUCUGCUAUACUUUCCAACAUUGAUGAAAAGUUAUUCAAAUAAAUUUGUAUUCCAUAAACAAUAAAUGGUAAGUGAAUGUAAACUGGGUACAUGGACUCACAACAAUGGUGAAUAUCUUUUGAGUACUCUGUACUGAAUUAGUUAAGUUCUUUUUUCAUUAAAGUGAGAAAAGAGGAUUAGCAUAUGUAUUUCUUAGUAAUAAUCUAAUAUUUUCCCAUUAAUUUGGGUAUAUAUCUUAAAUUACUGUUUCAUUAAAAGGCCAGUUUCUCGGUUUUCAGGGGGCUAGGCACAUGAGUAGUACUGAUCAUAUAAUAUCAGGAUAUCUUCAUUAGAUAGUUGGUAAAAGUCAAUUCUCUUUUCUAUUGGACAUAAAAUUUAUUAAUAAUUAUAGUUCAUUGCUCAAUAUCUAUUAAUCUUUUUUCAAAGUAUUUAAAUAUGCAUUAACUUAACUAAAUUCUUUUCUCUUUUUUUUUCCCCUCAACUACAGCAUCGUUUGGAGCAGUUUCCAGAACACAUUAAACCACCAGUGGCUCCAACCAAGCCUGACCAGAUCCAGGAAGGAUCAAAUACCCCUGUUGAAAAUUCCACAACUUCUUCUCCUGAUGCACUGACAUGACAUGUUACACUUGUCUUAUAGAUAUUAGAUAUUGAUAGAUUUUGAGCAAAAAUAAAUGUAUUCCUUUCUCAAACAGCAUUAACUUGUUUUCAGUGGACCUUUUGUUUAUUCUUUUAAAAUAAAAGUAGAUGCACUCAAACCGUGUUUAAUAAACCUGUACACAAAACCCAGUUUUCUGUAUGCAGAUUGGUAAGAGCUAAUAUUAAACAAAGAAGGCGUCAUUGUGUAAAUGUGAUAAAAACAAGUAUUUAAAAAAAAAAAACUUUUCC